AUGGGACGUCACACAGAGCUACUGCUGGAGCUGCUCUGCCGAAAACCACUGGACAGUCAGGGCCCUCCAAAGGGUCACAAGAUAAAUCCAGUGGUGGAGAGGAACCACGUACUCAAAUGUGAGGACAGCUGGCCAGUGGAGCAAGCCUUCAGAGGGUACAUUAUAACAGUGUGGUCUCACUCAGCACACAGCCUCUCUCCAACACUGACGUCUCAGUCUGAGCAGGGACACACACACUCCAUGAUCUCGUCCACAGGUCGAGGCUGCCAGGAUGCCAUGGAAUUCCCACGUUUCACCUUUAAUCCAAAGGAAGGGAUUGAUAAUCCAGCUCUGGUCAUCGCCGAUGAUCCUGAGCCAGAUCGGAGCCCGGUGCCAAGACUGUGCCAGCUGAAGCGCCUGGAGGGACAGAGCUUCGGCUUCUACCUGCGGAUGGACCAGAGCUGCCUGGGCUUUGAGAUCAGAGAUGUGGAGGCGUGGAGUCCUGCAGAGCACAGCGGCCUCAAAGACGGAGACAGAGUCCUGGAGGUCAAUGAGGAAUACGUGGGUGACACGGACUUCUACAGGGUGGUCAGGAAGAUCCAGUCAUGUGGCUUACACCUGUUUCUCCUGGUGUUGAGGAGAGCAGAGUAUGAACAGGCAGUGUCUAUAGGUGUGGACCUGAGGAUGCUGGCCAAUGCCUCCAAAGGGGACCACUGGUCCAGACCCAGACUGUGUCACAUCAGGAGACAGCCUGUGCAUGGCCUGGGGAUGACCAUUAUGUCAGUGGAAGGUCAGAAGGGUCAGUACGUGGUGAGCACAGUGACUGAUGGUCCAGCAGAGAGAGUUGGUGUCUGCACUGGAGACAGACUGAUCUGGAUCAACGGAAUCCCGGUGUCAACGCUCACACACUCUACUCUCAGCAAAACUGUGAAGAGGGGCGGGGACUCGGUGACCGUGCUGGUCAUUGACAGAGAGAGUGAGGCUUCUUACAUCAGGAGGAAGAUGCCCAUCCUGCCUGUGGUGGCAGAGUGCUGCAGCCUCCCCCACACUGCCAAGACCAUGCACCUGACCAAAGGACGCGAUGGUUACGGCUUCCUGCUGAGACAAGAGAGGCUGGCAGGCUCUCGGAGGAUAGUUCAUGUGCUGAGGGAGGUAGAUGUGGGAAGUCCAGCUGAGGGGGCAGGGAUGGAGGAUGGAGACCUGCUUCUAGCUGUCAAUGGGGAACCUGUUGAAUCCAUGGAGCAUGAGGACAUUGUCUUAAAGAUUCGACAGAGCGGCGAUCAAGUCAUCCUCACCUCUGUAUCCAUAACAGGACGAGACUUUUACAGAGCGUUAGGUGUUUCUCCCCUGUUGUUCCAUGAAGUACGUACACUCCAAGAUGACAUGCAGCACUCUCGGGAAACAAAUGGACAUCUGACACGUCCCACAGUGGAGACAGGCUCUGAUCUCCACACACACUGUGUCCAAGAUCACUCAGGAUCACUGUCAGGGGGAACAUGUGAUGCUUUCUUGUGACGGGAAUAAACAGAAUACAGAUGACCAUCGGCACACAGAGGAAGAUGAGGAGCUCAGCUUUAAGGAAACCAAUG